AUGAGCGAGGUAUCGCCCACGGUCACUCCGCCUUCGGGCAAGGAGGCCUCGCUCUCCGAGGCACACGAAGCGCAGAUGGACGUCUUCGUCGUCACAACAGCCUCCCACGGCGAGGUGAGAUACACGCGCCAGGAAGAACGAAAGCUCGUGCGCAAGAUCGACUUUGUCGUCGUGCCCAUCCUCCUCGUUCUCUACCUGCUCAGCUUCCUCGACAGGAGCAACAUCGGCAAUGCCAAGCUCGAUGGUCUCGUCAAGGACAUCAACCUGCGCGACUACUCGACCGCCCUAACGCUCUUCUUCGUCGGCUACGUCAUCGGCGAAGUUCCGGCGAACCUAGUGCUCAAGAAGACCUCGCCACCCGUCUGGCUGCCCACGCUCACCCUCGUAUGGGGCAUCAUUUCGGUGGUACAGGGCUUGGUGCACAACCAGGCCGGCCUGUUCGCCGUGCGCUUCUUCCUCGGCCUCAGCGAAAGCGGCCUCUUUCCGGGAUCGGUCUUUGUCUUUAGCAUGUUCUAUCCGAGACGUGAGCGCCACUACCGCGUAGCGCUGCUGCUAUCGGGCGCCGCUUUCUCGGGUGCCUUUGGCGGCAUCCUUGCCUACGGCAUCGGCUUCAUGCGCGGUGUCGGCGGCAAGGCAGGCUGGAGCUGGAUCCUCAUCCUUGAAGGCUUACUGACCAUCGUAGUGGCGCUGUUCGCCUACUGGCUCGUGCCACACUACCCGAUGAAGUCGCGCUCAUUUACCGAUCGCGAGAAGGCCAUCAUCGCGGCGAAGAUGCAGGCGGAUCGCGACUCGCUGGACGAGGAGACCUUCUCUUGGGAUGGCGUCAAGCAGGCAUUCACCGACCCGUACGUCUAUCUCUACGGCCUCCUCUUCCACGGCUUUGCCUUUGCCCUUUACACGAUCUCUCUCUUCAUGCCGACCAUCAUCGCGGACCUCGGAUACAAGGCCGCUGAUGCGCAGCUCCUCACCGUGCCGCCCUACUUUCUCGCGUUCAUCUUUACCAUGACGAUCGCGCACAUCUCGUUUGUCGUGAACCGACGACUCGUCUUCAUCAUCGGCUGCGCACUGCUUGCCAUCCUUGGAUAUAUCGUUCAGAUCACCUCGCCGACAGUGGCUGGACGCUAUGUGGCCAUCUUCAUCACCACGCCGGGUGUGUACGCAGGAAACGCACUGCUGCUUUCGCUUCCAUCGGAAAACGUCUCGGGCCAGACCAAACGAGCGACGGCGCUGGCCAUGCAGAUCAUGUUCGGCAACAUGGGAAGCAUCAUCGGUGUCCAGCUCUACCGCAAGCCGCUCGGCGGUCUCAGAAACGUCAACUACCACAUCAGCCACGGCCUCAGCAUCGUGUGGCUCGGCUUCGGCAUCGCCGCCGCUUCAACACUCUGGUUCAUCCUCAGCAGGGAGAACCGUCGCAGAGAUGCUCUCCAGGCGCAAAACAACGGCAAGGAUGCAGAGCAGAGCCAGGAAGAGCUUAAGCAUCUCGGCGACCGCAGGCUGGACUGGAGUCGACUCGGACACACGACCAUGUCAGACCUUCAGCGAUCGUUCCUCAAGGGCAAGCUGAGCCGACUCCCGCCAGUGCCACCUUUUCCAACCGGCGCCGACGAGGAGGAACGAGCCGAGGCUGAGUCGGGCGAUUCGUUCGGUGAUGCGGGUCCCAGCAUCGCGUCGGCAUCGAGCUCAGAUCUACACAGCAGGCGAAGAGCACAACGACGUGCUGAUGACUUUGCCCCCAGGACAGCCGAGGGAUACUUUGAGCAAGCGCUCGAGGUCGACGUUCCGCUUCGGAAAGGAUCCGGCUCCUUUCGAGUCUACUUUACCCCUCCCCGACCCAAGGCUGCAGAUGCACUGAAGCCAAAUGUCAAACCUUCCGCAGCUGCGUCAAUCGCCAGCAUCGAUAUUGACGUGCAGUCAUCUGCGCUGCCGAGACUGGACCGCAAGCUCGGGCUAUCCGGUGACGAGGACGACGAGGAUACGGUCGAUGCAACCUCGGCGUCAGCUGCAAGAAACCCCGGGACGCUAUUUGUUUUCCACCACGGCGCGGGCUUCAGCGCUCUCUCGUUUGCACUGACGGCAGCCGAGCUGAAGCGGCAGAGCGGAGGCGAAGUCGGGUUGCUGGCGUACGACUGUCGCGGUCACGGCCGGACCAAGCUGCACAAUGUUGAAGCAACUCCGCUCGACAUGUCGAUCGAUACUCUCUCGUCGGAUCUGACCUUGUUGCUCUCGACACUGUACCCGCGCGCGGACGAGAUGCCGUCGCUUGUUCUCGUCGGGCACUCCAUGGGCGGCUCUGUGGUAGUCUCUGCGGCGCAUGCGCUGGCUGCCAGUGGAUUCACCCGCAUCUCGGGCGUAGCUGUGCUCGACGUCGUCGAGGGCACUGCCAUGGACGCGCUCGAGGUGAUGCGCAGCGUCGUGCUCAGCCAUCCCUCUGGCUUCGCUUCGGUGCAGGAUGCGAUCCGCUGGCACGUCGACAGCAAGACGAUCGUCAAUGCCGAGAGCGCACGUGUCAGCGUCCCGCCCCUCGUCGAGCCCAACCCUCUUCAUUCCGCUUCAGCUCUCUCGACAGAGACGGACAACACGUACGAGCCGCAGGAAAUCCUUGACGAGGCAGACGAAACUGACAAGGCGAGCAGCACACACGCAUACAAGUGGAGAGCGGACCUGCUCUCCACUGAGCCGUACUGGCGCGGCUGGUUCGAAGGGCUCUCGUCGCGCUUCCUCAGCGUGCGAUCCGCACGCCUGCUCCUGCUCGCUGGAACCGAUCGGCUGGACCGCGAGUUGAUGAUCGGUCAGAUGCAGGGAAAGUACCAGCUCGAAGUGAUUGCCGACGUGGGUCACUCACUGCACGAAGACGCACCAGAUCGCACGGCUCGCAUCCUCUUUGAUUUCUGGCGCCGCAACGAGCGCAUCCAGCUUCCGCUCAAGCACAUCAAAAAGGUCGGAGAGUUGUGA